AUGGUUUUCUACAACGGUCAAGACUUGGAUGACGAACUCUCACGUAAAUGGAACAAGUUACGUCGACGAUGUGCCUCGUUCAAGUCCAUCCAAUCGGGUCCCUCGUCUCUCGACGGAGAUGCGGAAGACUUUGAUGUGAUGCUCAUCGAACAUCCAACUGCCAAAUACACAAUUAUCCCGCCGCAGCAGCUCCAAAUGCACCAACAACAGACCUACGCGCGACAAGAUCCCCGCAUCGAGGCUUACGAGAAAAAUAUUUGGCGCAAAAGUAGCGUUUUACCGAUGGAAUCGACACCUUUGAGACCUCCCCGAGUCCCGUACGAGCAACAAUACCGCCAAAUUAUUCACGAGGACGACUUGAAAUACUGGCCCGUGAGUUAUCCCAAUAGAGUUGACACAGCAAGAAGAAAUUCUGCGAUCGAUCAUUGGGAAUUCGACGCGAAACAGUUUGAAAAUUCGCUGAGGGAGAAGGAAAAGUUGCAAUAUUACGACAAAGAUCUCAAAAUCGAGAAGAACGGAAGUAUUGGGAGUGAAAAAGGCAUCAAAAUCGCAAGAGAACUCAAAAUUCCCGGAUUAAAAUCUUUCAAAUCGGCAUCGAUGCGAUUGCCGGGUCAGCGUACUUCGAUCUCAGAUGUUCAACAAUUGCUGCGGAACAAGUUGAAUCGGAUCCAGAACGGAAUGCGGAAGAAAAAAGCGUUGUCAGUACAUGAAGUUUUCGAUUCGCCGCAACCUCCGAUGAAUAUUUCGGCUCCUUUGCCUCCAGCAGGUCCCCGUUUCUACGUUCCUUCGCCCGUUUUGUCGCCGUAUCAUGAUCACUUUGACUCCUCGGGGCCCACAAGUCUUCCAUUUAUCCAAGAAGUAUCUAGUCCAGUGACAAAAACUUUCGCUGAAAAUGGAUUUCAGUCGUUUAGUUUGAAUGGUAGCGAUGCGGAGAACGAGAAACGCGACGAGAAUCGGAAUUAUUACCAACAGAACAAGUAUAAAAAUAAUUUAAAUGUAAAUGCGACAUCAAAGCUUUCGAAUAACACAAAUAAUAACAACGUUACGAAUAAUAAUAACAACAACAACAAGGUGAAGAGCAAAGAAAAUGGCAUCAAGAUAAGUGUCGCUCCAGCUACCGAAUCAAAUAAGCGAUCGACAAACAAUAAGAAUGACCUUCAAAGUAACACGACGACGACGACGACAGUUACUAAGACGAAGUUGAGUGUGAAGGCAGCAAGUAAUAACGGAGGCGGUGUCGGAAAAAUCAAGCAAAAGUCACCUGUGCGUGCGUUUGCUGAUCGUAUCACGAAUCGCGACAGCAACAAUAGCAACAAGAAAAUUCCCACAACGGUGACAACAGUUAACAAGCAAGAUAACAACAACAAACAAGUUCGUCCUCGACCACGAAGUCACUCGCCGCUGCGUAAUUUGUGUUGCAACAAACCCAUUUCCAACAACAAAGUCCCCGUGAAAGUCAAUGCAAAGCCAAAAAGUCUCCUUCAGCGGUUCAAUCGCAUGCUGAGUCCAUCGCCGACACGUCAACCAUCGUCGCCAGUGCAAACGCCAAUUCCUCCCGUGAGAAAUGUGAGUCGUCAAAGUUCGAUUAGUAGACCCACGUCGACCGUUCUGAAGAAAGAUGCCAACGAAGCAAGAGACGAACCCAAAUUCGAGCCAAAUUAUCGCGCGAUAAAUCACAAAAAUGUCGGCAACAAAGCGAAUCACGGGAUUUUGAAGACGGAAAUAGCGGCACUCGAACGUGACCGGAAACCCAAACAGGCGGUCAUUACCCAAUUACAUGUGCACUCGCACUCGAAAUCCGAUCUGAUUGACGGCGAGACACGACGGCACGACGACGACGAAGAAGAAGCGUUACGUGACACGGAGGAGGACGAACUCGUGGAAGAAAGUCAAUUUUGUACGUUGCCACGCUACGGCCCGAAUGCAUUUACCAUACGACAGGCCAAAUUCGAAAAGGGUCAUGGCAAAGUGCUGGGUUUCUCAAUUGUUGGCGGUCAUGAUUCACCAAAAGGCGCUAUCCCGAUUUUCGUGAAGACAAUUUACCCGCAUGGACAGGCAGCGGAAAAGGGAACCUUGAAAGAGGGUGACGAAAUUUUAUCUGUCAACGGCAAACCCUUCCAAGGUCUCACACACCAAGAGGCAAUCAACGUUUUCAAGCACAUCAAAAGCGGCGAAGUUGUCAUCAUGAUCGGUCGACGAAACAUGAGACGGAAACUCGAUAUGACGGUGCCCGAUGAGCUGAAAAAUUAAGAGGAGACACCAACGCGAAUUAACCCAAUUUCACCAAAAAAUAUAUUAAAAUAAAAUAAUAAAAAUUGCUUGAAUUCAUUACUUUUGACCCAUAUUUGUGCACAUGCAAAAAAGAUAAACUGUAUUUACCAAAGCAAGAUAAAUUUACUUACUUAAAAAAUCAUCCAUAAAAUUUAAUGUACGUGUGAUGUGAAAUAUUAUUACUUUAUUAUUAUUUUUAUUUUUAUUAAUAUUAAAAUGUAUUAAAAAUUCAAUAUUUUUGCUGCUUCAUAAAUACGUAAAACAAGUUAAUCAUCCAAAAAAUUUUAACCUUAAAUAUUUUUUUUUCGAGUAUUACACAAAAGCAAAGCAAAAAUAUGCGCGGUCCUACACACGAUUGUUGUUUAAACCUAAAAAU